AUGGCGAGCUCAUUCGAAAAGAGCGUCAAAGGCGGCACCAAGAUCAAGCUUGCCGCCCCAAAGUCCAAAUACGUCGAGCAUAUCUUGGUCGCCACGCACGCGGGAGAAGCCGGCGUCGCGGAGAUAUUUCGCGCCCUCACCAACCGCCUGCGCGACUCGACGUGGACCAUUGUCUUCAAGAGCUUGAUCAUUGUGCAUCUUAUGAUACGGGAGGGCGAGCCCGAGGUCACGCUCCGCUACCUGUCGCAGAGCCCCCAGCGAAAACUGGCAAUCAAUUCCUUCACGCAGGUCCAGACCCAAGGCCACAACAUCCAGACCUACUCGGACUAUCUGCUUAGGCGCGCAAUCGAGUAUGGCACGACCAAGGUGGACUAUGUGCGUGGUGGAGAAGGGCGGCUCAAGCGCUUGACCAUCGACAAAGGCCUCCUGCGCGAGGCAGAGAGCGUCCAGGAUCAGAUCCGAUAUCUGCUCAGGUGCCAGCCUUUCGAUGAUGAGCCCGAGAACGAAAUUACCCUGACGGCUUUCCGACUGCUUACCAUGGAUCUGCUGGUGCUGUUCCAUGUGUCAAACGAGGGCACCAUCAAUAUUCUGGAGCGCUACUUCGAACUUUCGAAGCCCGAUGCGACUCGCGCCCUCCAAAUCUACCGGAUAUUCGUAAAACAGACAGACGCUGUGGUGCAAUACCUCAGUUUGGCCCGAUCGCAUGAGCAUUCGACAAGGUUGGAAAUACCGAAAAUCAAGCACGCACCCACUAGUCUGGCGGCAUCGUUGGAAGAAUACUUGAACGACAAGGACUUUGAGAUCAACCGCCGGCAGUACCUUGCGGAGAAGGAGGCGAAGAAGAACGGCGGAAAGGCGACAAACGGAGGAAGCAGACCACAAGAAUCGAAACCUGUGGCGCAGACCACGCCUGCAAGCCAGCCAGCACCAGCGCAACCGCCGCCAAAUGCAAAUGCGCCCUUGAUUGAUCUAUUUGCGUCCAUCGAAGACAACCAGCAAACCAUGGCUACUCAGCCCAUGAUGCAACAGCAGUAUCCGCAACAAACUGGUCUUCAACAACAGGGCUUCCAAGUGCCCCAGCAGACUGCUAACAUGGGCUUCCAACAACAGCAGCAACCUUUCAGCCCUACAGGUGGCCAAGGGACGAACCCUUUCCAAAUGCAGCAACAACCGCAAGCGCCACAAAUGCAGAUGCCGCCACAACCCAUCCAAACACAAUUUACUGGAGCUGGCUUUGGCGGAUAUACACCGCAGCCCUUCAGUCCGCAAAAUACGCUGGCUCCGAUACCUCAGAGCGGCAUGCCCGACUUUUCACAGCAACAAGUGCAGCAGCACAUGCAAAUACCCACAAUCGCUGAGCCACUACAGCCCCAACAAACUUCCACGAACCCCUUCCGCCAGUCUAUGCUACCCAGUCUAACUGGCGCUGCCGAAACCAAUCUUUUGAACAGCUCGACUGGUGCCAGUUCAUUGAACAGGCAAUCAACUAACCCAUUCGCGAAGCCCAACACUGGGUUUGCACCAUCACAAUCGCCCGUCAACUCUUCACCUUUCGCUCAGCCUAAUGCUCAACCAUCACCUUUUGCGCCAAUGCAACAGCCUUCGCAAUUACAGCCUAUGCAGCCCAUGCAGCCCAUGGCCACAGGUACAAACCCUUUCGCAAGGCAGCCUUCGCCUCAGAGCGCUACAUCGUCACAAGGUGGUUUGACUGUCAACGCGACUGGAAGCACAAACCCCUUCCGGCAGAGCGCGUUUGUAAACCAGCAAACGGGCCAAGGGUGGCAAAGCACUGGACAAGGAACUAUUGGAGGGAUGGAUCUGAACCAAGUCCCAACCACAAACAUCUUCCCACGGCCGGGACAGCAACAACAAACGCAGAACUUCCUUGGUUGA